GGGCGGGCCAGGGCGCGCCGGGGAGGGGCGCUGCUGUCCCGUGUAGUCUGUGCUCCUGUUCAACCGCUGUCCUCCCCGGAACCUUGGGAAUGUGGAUCCCAGACUCCAGGGACCGCAGUUGAGCCAGUCUCGGCAGUCCUGUACCACUUGCUGAAGAACAGGAUCUCGUGGACGCGUCCGAGAGCAGUGACCGCAGGUUAAGCUCUGGAAUGUGCUCGGAAUGAUGGAUGACAAGGAUCUAGAAGCUGAAAUACAUCCCUUGAAGAAUGAGGACAAAAAGUCACAGGAAAACCUAGGAAACCUACCAAAAACCGAGGACAACUUGAAGAACAAGCCUGUGCCUUCUCGCUUGUCCCGGUGUCGCACGGUGGCAUUUUUCCUUUCCCUGUUCAUCUGUCUCUUUGUGGUGUUUGUCCUCUCUUUCAUCGUCCCAUGCCCAGACCGACCGUCCUCUGAGGACAAGUGGAGGCUGAACUACGACUCUGCAGUCACGUACGACUUUCUGGCUCUGGGAGACGUAGACAGGGACGAGGUUCAGGACGUUCUCUUUCUUUAUAAAAACACCAACAGCAGUAACAAUUCCACCAGGUCCUGUGCUGACGAAGGCUUUUCCACUCCCUGCACCUUUAUGGCUGCUGUGUCAGGGACCAACGGCACCGUGCUCUGGGAGCGGCCUUUGGCCCAAGACGUUGCCCAUGUAAAGUGUGCCGUGCCACAGACACAGGACAGCAAGGUGUCUGCUGCCUGUGUCCUGGUGGGAAGACUUGGUUCUUUCAUCGCAGUCAACUUCUUCACAGGAGAAACCCUGUGGAGCCAUCCCAGAAGCUUUAGUGGGAAUGCGUCCAUCUUGAGUCCUCUGCUCCAGGUGCCUGACAUCGACGGUGAUGGUGCUCCAGACCUGCUGAUGCUCUCCCGGGAGGGACAGGAGGUCAGUGGCGCUUUCUAUUCAGGUAGCACUGGGCACCAGAUUGGCCACAGAGGCAGCCUUGGUGUGGAUGGAGAUGGUGUCGCCCUCCUUCACGUGACCAGAACGGGUGCUCAGUAUAUUCUCCUGCCCUGUGCAAGUGCCCUCUGUGGCUUCUCUGUGAAGGGUCUCUAUAAGAGAAUUACUGGGAGAGAUGACCAUUUUAAGGAAGACCCCUCCUGGGAGAACACGCUCAAUCGCUCUGCUCACAGGCUUUUGCACAGCUCUGGAGCAGUUCGCUACCUGAUGAAUGUCCCAGGGAAAACUGGCCAGGACUUGCUUCUUGUGAGCUCUGAGGACUGUAAGCUGCUGGAUGGACAAGAUCUGGUGCCCAGGUGGACCCUUGGUGCAACUCAGGUUCUGAGGAAACCUAUCCUUGGCCACUACAAACCAGACACCUUGGCUGUGGUAAUUGAAAAUGGAACCAGCCUUGAUAGACAGAUCCUCCUUCUGGACCUCAGCACUGGGUCUAUGCUGUGGAGCCAGCCCUUCCCAAGCCUUCCUGGGGCCCCACCAUCCACAAGCCUGAUGACUGCAGACCACCGCUCAGCCUUCUUCUUCUGGGGCCUCCAUGACCCUGUGAGCGCUAAUGAGAUGGAUCCCCAGGACACGCAGCACAGCCUGUAUAUGUUCCACCCGACCCUGCCCGGCAUCCUGCUGGAGCUAGCCAACGUGUCCGCCAACAUCGUGGCCUUUGAUGCGGUCCUGUUUGAGCCAAGCCGCCACGCUGCCUAUGUGCUCCUGACGGGCCCAGCAAGCUCAGAUGUGCCUGGCCUGGUCUCUUUGACCAAACACAAAGUCGAGACCUUGUCCCAGGCAUCGAAAGUGAUCCACUUGAGCGAAGGCAGCUCCGACAGUGACCAGGCUAUCCGGGAUCGGUUCUCCCGACUGCGGUACCGGAGUGAGGUGUAG